AUGGAGCGGCGAUCCACCACCCGCUUCUCGCCCUCCGAGAUUGCGAGGAUGGAGAAGUUGGUUUCAUCAGACAGAAAAGAGCAAGUCUUGGUUGAUAGUUUCUGCCAGAAGCUUGUAGAAGAAUUUAAUCGUUCUCCAGCCCGAGUAGGAAGCAGAGCUCUACAGGCUACACAGGUUCGAGGAUGGUUCCUUGAUAAGCUCCCUGCAUCAACUCCUAAACCUGCUUCCUUGCCUACUACUUCUGAAGAAAAGCCUUUAGCCUCAGAACCAGAUGCGUUAGUUUCUGAGAUAAAGACUUCAGCUUCUGAAGAAAAAGCUUUAGCUCUUGAUACAAGUAUUUCAAACAAUGAGGAUGCACUUUCUCCAGAUUUACCCAAAGAGACUACAGAUAAGGUUCCUGAAUUUGAAGACUUGCAGUUUGAGGCUAAGUCAUCAAAGGAUUCUGCAUGGUAUGACGUGGCCCUUUUCUUGGCACACAGGAAGACAAGUUUGGGAGAAGUUGUAAGGAGAAUAACUGAUGUUGAAGUCCGGGUGAGGUUUAUCGGGUAUGGGGCUGAAGAAGAUGAGUGGGUGAAUGUCAGGAAGGCUGUCCGCCAGCAAUCCAUUCCGCUGGAGUCCUCAGAAUGCCGAAGCAUUGUAAAAGGAGAUCUUGUCCUCUGUUUCAAGGAGAGCAAUGAUGAAGCACUGCACUUCGAUGCACACGUUCUGGAUGUCCAGCGGAAACAGCAUGAUAUAAGGGGAUGCAGAUGCCUCUUCCAUGUUGAAUAUGAUCAUGAUCAGAGCCAGGAGAUGGUGAACCUCAAGAGAAUCUCCCGGCGACCAAGAUACCUUUGA